CGUUUCGUAACCGCGGAGACUUGGGAACAGCCCUCUAUUAAGUAGCAAGAUUGGGGAGAGGCUCUUCCCACUUGGUGAAGGCGAGGCUUUCCUGACGGAGCGACCCCUCGCAGCCGCAGCCGCAGCCUCGCCAGCCGACCAGCUCGGCGGCUCCUCUCACCGCAGACGCCCCUGCUGGUCCUGGCCGCGCCUUUGCCCAAGGUGUUCGGAGCUCUCCUCGUUCCCGGCCUCUCCUCCAGCUCCAGCUGCAGGGCUCCGUCGCAGCCUCCACCCCUGCCAGUCCCAGCGCUGCCCUCCAAGAAUUAUUCAUGUGGUUGUGAUCCAAAACAGCAGCAAUGAAGAUAAGGCUCCGUGCAGCAGCUGUCGCAGCCAUAUGUGCAGCUGUCCUCCUUUGUUCAAUUGAAGCUGAAGUUAAUCCACCUUCAGACUUGAAAUUUAAAAUUAUAAAUGAAAAUACUGUUCAAAUGUCAUGGGCAAGGCCAUCUGAUGCGAUAGAAGGUUACAGGAUAACUGUGAGCUCUGCAGCUGAUGGACCAAGUAGAGAAUUUACCUUAGCACGUACAGCUACCCAAACUUUGUUAACGGACCUCAUACCUGAUACUGAAUAUGUUGUAACAAUAAGUUCAUAUAAUAAUGUAGAAGAAAGUAUGCCUGUCUCUGGACAACUUACAAUUCAAACAGAUGGCUUUGUAACAACUAGAGAAAAGAAGACUGAAGAAGUUCAUUUGCAAAAGUGUUCCAUUAGUGCUGUUACAGAUCUAGUUUUUCUUGUGGAUGGCUCUUGGAGUGUGGGCAGAAAUAACUUUAGAUAUAUAUUGGACUUCAUCGUUACUCUUGUAUCAGCUUUUGAUAUUGGAGAAGAUAAGACAAGAGUUGGAAUAGUCCAGUACAGUACUGAUACAAGGACUGAAUUCAAUUUAAAUCAGUAUUUCAGAAAAAGGGAUCUUAUUGAGGCGAUAAGAAGAAUACCAUAUAAAGGAGGCAAUACAAUGACAGGGGAAGCUAUUGAUUAUCUGAUUCGAAAUGCAUUUAUUGAGUCUGCUGGAGCAAGAAAAGGCUUUCCCAAAGUGGCAAUUAUCAUUACGGAUGGAAAGUCUCAGGAUGAAGUAGAAAUUCCUGCAAGAGAACUUCGUAGCACUGGAGUUGAAGUCUUUUCUUUGGGAAUCAAAGCUGCAGAUGCCAAAGAGCUGAAGUUAAUUGCAUCCCAGCCCUCACUGAAGCAUGUUUUUAAUGUGGCCAACUUCGAUGGCAUUGUGGAUAUUCAGAAUGAAAUUGUCUCACAGGUGUGCUCAGGAGUUGAUGAACAGUUGGGUGACUUGGUUAGCGGAGAAGAAGCUAUAGAACCUCCUUCAAAUCUGGAAGCUACACAGCCUUUAUCGCGAUCAAUCAAAAUCACUUGGGAUCCAUCUCCUAGUGACAUAACUGGUUACAAGGUGGACGUUAUACCAAUGAUACCUGAUGCCAACCAAUUCUCAGUGAACGUAGGACCUCAAACUACUGCUUUUAAUAUAAGAGAUCUUUUAGCAGACACAGAAUACCAAAUUAAUGUGUAUGCCAUGAAAGGACUGACUGCCAGUGAACCAGUGACUAUAAUGGAAAAAACACAGCCAGUAAAAGUUCGAACUGAAUGCGCAAAAGGAAUAGAUGUAAAAGCUGAUAUUGUGCUUUUGGUUGAUGGCUCCUACAGUAUUGGUAUUGCCAAUUUUGCUAAAGUAAAAGCAUUUUUGGAAGUGUUAGUUAAAAGCUUUGAGAUUUCACCCGAAAAAGUUCAAAUAAGCCUUGUGCAGUACAGCAGGGAUCCAUAUACGGAAUUUCAUUUGAACAAAUUCAACAGAAUAGAAGACGUAAUUCGAGCUAUUAACACCUUCCCCUACAGAGGUGGAUCUACAAACACAGGCAAAGCUAUGACCUAUGUAAGAGAAAAAGUCUUCAUCACGAACAAAGGUGCAAGACCAAAUGUUGCAAGAGUCAUGAUUCUUAUUACUGAUGGAAAAUCAUCCGAUGCUUUUAAAGAACCUGCCAUAAAACUGAGGAAUGCAAAUGUAGAAAUAUUUGCAGUUGGUAUUAAGGAUGCAGUACGGUCUGAGUUGGAAGCAAUUGCUACACCCCCUGCCGACACCCAUGUCUACACAGUGGAAGAUUUUGAUGCUUUUCAAAAAAUAUCAUUUGAACUUACACAGUCAGUCUGUCUACAAAUUGAACAGGAACUUGAAGUGAUUAAAAGAAAAGCUCACUUACCUGCAAGGAACUUGGAAUUUUCUGAAGUGACUUCUAACAGCUUCAAAGUUAACUGGUCUCCAGCUGGGGCAAAUGUUUUGUCUUACCUUAUCAAGUAUAAAGAGGCUAUUGGUGGAGAGGAAGUCAGGGUUUCUGUACCAGCUCCAGUUACUAACAGAGUUCUUACUAAUUUACUACCAAAAACCACAUAUGCCGUCAGUGUGAUUGCAGAAUAUGAAGAUGGUGAUGGACCUUCACUGGAUGGGAACGAAACAACUUUAGAAGUCAUAGGAUCUCCACGAAACCUGAGAGUAACUGAUGAAACAACAGAUAGUUUUAAAGUUGGAUGGUCACCAGCUCCAGGAAAUGUUCUGAGAUACAGACUUGCAUAUAGGCCAGUUACUGGUGGGGAGACAAGACAAGUAACUGUCCCAGCAAGUGAAAGAGCAACCACUCUACAGAAUCUGGCAUCUGAUACAACAUAUGACGUCUCCAUAACUGCUGAGUACCAGUCUGGAGCUGGAAAUCCAUUGAAUGGACAUGGAAAAACUGAAGAAGUGCUUGGGACACCAAGAGACUUGAAAGUUUCAGAUGCUACAACAUCCUCACUGAAAUUAUCUUGGAAUUCAGCACCUGGCAAAGUGCAGCAAUAUCUUAUAACAUACACUCCAGUGAUUGGAGGUGAACCUAAAGAGAUCACCGUAAUGGGAGAUACCACUAGUACAGUUCUCCAUGACUUGGAACCAGGAACAAAAUACGAUUUGUCACUAACUGCCCUUUAUGCAUCUGGAGCAGGAGAGGCUCUUUCUAAACAAGGAGAAACUCUUGAAGAGCGUGGUUCUCCUCGUGACCUCAUUACUAGAGACAUAACUGAUACUUCAAUUGGAGUCUCAUGGACAGCAGCUCCAGGACCAGUUCAGAAUUAUAAAAUUCGAUGGAAAUCCCUUUAUGAUGACCAGUCUGGGGAAACAACAGUUCCUGGAGAUGUAGUAAAUACUGACUUAGAAAACCUUCAGCCUGAAACUAAGUACAAGAUUUCGGUCUUGGCUUCCUACAGAAGUGGAGAAGGACCACCUCUAGAGGGACAAGCUACAACUGAAGCGUCACCUGAUACAAGGACCAUUACAGUAGAUGAUGAGAAAGAGACCACAAUGAGAGUCACUUGGCAACCAGCACCUGGAAAAGUUGCCAACUAUCGUGUGGUUUACCGACCCCGUAGAGGAGGAAGACAAAUAGUUGCAAAAGUGCCUCCCACCAGCACCAGCACAGUACUGAAACGUCUCCAGCCUCUAACUACUUAUGACAUUACGGUCAUUCCUAUGUAUAAAACUGGUGAAGGAAAACACAGAAAAGGCGAAGGAACAACAGCUUCUCCAUUUAAACCUCCCAAAAAUCUGCAGACUUCAGAUUCUACAAAGUCAAGUUUCCGUGUAACCUGGGAGCCAGCCCCUGGGGAAGUUAAGGGGUACAAAGUAACUUUCCAUCCAACUGGAGAAAACAGACAUCUUGGAGAAUUAGUAGUUGGGCCAUAUGACAAUACAGUUGUAUUGGAGGAGCUCAGGGCAGACACUUCUUAUAAAGUCAAUGUAUUCGGAAUGUUUGAAGGAGGUGAAAGUAUGCCUCUGAUUGGAGAAGAAAAGACAACACUUGCAGAUAUUCCAGUUGUGCCAUUAUUACCUACAGGCCUAGAAUGUAAAACCAGGACAGAGGCAGAUAUUGUAUUGCUGGUGGAUGGUUCCUGGAGCAUCGGUCGAACGAAUUUUAAAACAAUCCGGAGCUUCAUUGCUCGCAUUGUUGAAGUAUUUGAUAUUGGUCCAGACAAAGUGCAGAUUGGUCUUGCACAGUAUAGCGGAGAUCCAAGAACAGAAUGGAACCUCAAUGCCCAUUCAACCAAAGACAGUUUAUUGGAGGCUGUGGCCAAUUUGCCGUAUAAGGGAGGCAACACACUAACAGGAAUGGCUUUGAGCUUCAUCUUGAAAAACAGUUUUAAGGCUGAAGCUGGCCUGAGGCCUGGUGCUCGCAAAAUUGGUGUCCUCAUAACUGAUGGCAAGUCACAGGAUGACAUAAAUGACCCAUCACAGAGUUUGAAGGAUCAGGGAGUGGAGCUUUAUGCUGUGGGUAUUAAAAAUGCUGAUGUGAAUGAACUGAAGCAGAUUGCAAGUGAUCCAGAUGACACCCAUGCUUUUAACGUUGAAGAUUUUAACCUUCUUGUUAAUAUCGUUGAUACCCUCACUGAUAAUUUGUGCAAUAGUGUGAAAGGAUCAGGUGAUUUGUCACUGCCGGCAACCAAUCUAGUUACUUCUGAAGUGACACCUGUUUCUUUCCGAGUGUCUUGGACUGCACCUGUUGAGAGUGUUGAUAGAUACAAAGUUGAAUAUUAUCCUGUCCAAGGAGGCACACCACAGGAGGUCUAUGUAAGUCGUUCGGAGACUACUACUGUUCUCACUGGCCUCAAGCCUGAAACAGAAUAUGUUGUGAAUGUAUUUUCUGUAGUAGAAGGCACUAAUAGUGAACCAUUAAAAGGGACCGAAACAACAUCGGCAAUCCCUUCAGUGAGAACCUUGAAUGCUUAUGAUGUCACUUCAACCACGAUGCGUGUGCGGUGGGAACCUGUCAAAGGAGCUACUGGCUAUGUGUUGUUAUAUGACCCAGUCAAUGCCACAAUACCAGCAACUGAAAAAGAGAUGCGGGUUGGAGCGUCGGUGAAUGAUGUACAGCUGGUUGAUUUGAUUCCAAAUACUGAGUAUACUUUAACGGUUCAUUCAACUGUUGGCGACCUCAUUAGUGAUCCACUCACUACUCAGGAAGUCACAUUACCUUUAAGCGGAGCAAAACGCUUGAGGCUGAGAGAUGUCACUCACAACAACAUGAGAGUCAAUUGGGAUCAAGCUCCAGGCAAAGUUCGUAAUUAUAUAGUGAAAUAUAAAGCAGCUGAAGAAGAUGAUGUAAAAGAGGUGAAAGUGGAUCCAUCUCAAACCAGCACAGUUCUUCCUGAUCUCUUUUCAAAAACACUCUACAAUGUAGAACUUAUUACAGAAUAUGAUGAAGGGCUGUCUGUGCCGGUAGCAGCAGAAGCCACCACUCUACCUGUACCAGCACCACUCAAUUUGAGAAUAGAUCAAGUAACCCCAACUAGUUUCAGAGGUACUUGGGACCAUGGAGCACCUGAUGUGGCUCUCUAUAGAGUAAUGUGGGGGCCUUAUGGUCAACCCGAAAAACUGGAGACAAUUCUAAAUGGUGAAGAAAAUACUCUACUUUUUGAAAAUCUUACACCAGACACAUUGUAUGACAUCUCAGUUACUGGAAUUUAUCCUGAUGAAUCAGAGAGUGAUGAAUUGAUUGGCAGUGAACGUACAUUGCCCAUUGUGCCUAUAACAACACCAGUACCAAAGAGUGGCCCACGGAAUCUCCAGGUAUAUAAUGCAACAUCCAAUAGCUUGACUGUCAAGUGGGAUCCUGCCAUUGGACGGGUGCAACGCUACAAGAUCACUUACCGACCUGCCACGGGUGAUGGUCCUGAACUUUCGUCCACAGUAGGAGGGAGGCAGAAUAGCAUUGUGCUCCAGAAGCUGCGGCCCGACACCCCUUACCGCGUUACAGUUUCUUCGAUUUACCCAGAUGGGGAAGGAGGACAAAUAACAGGAAGGGGCAAAACGAAACCUCUCAAUACUGUAAGGAAUCUUAGAGUUUAUGAUCAAACCACUAGCACAUUAAACGUCCGAUGGGAUCAUGCUGAAGGGAAUCCUCGUCAAUACAAGGUGUAUUAUGUACCUGUGGCAGGAGGUGCAGAGGAAAUGGUAACUUUCCCUGGGAAUACAAAUUAUGCUGUUCUAAGGAAUCUACAGCCUGACACACAAUACAAAGUAACCGUCGUUCCUGUUUACUCAGAAGGUGAUGGAGGCCGAAUGUCUGAUACGGGGAAAACAUUGAUGAGGGGGACACCAAGAAGCGUCCAAGUUUACAACCCAACAACAAACAGCCUUAACGUCCAGUGGGAAUCUGCACCAGGUCCAGUGCAGCAGUACAAAAUUGUCUAUAAUCCACUAGCUGGCACAAAACCAUCAGAAUCUGUUAUUGUACCAAGCAACACACGCAAUGUUUUACUGGAGCGUCUGACUCCUGACACUCCAUAUUCAAUAAAUGUCGUUGCUCUGUAUGCUGAUGGAGAAGGAGAUCCAACUACAGGACAGGGAAGAACAUUGCCUCGUAGUGGACCCCGGAAUAUAAGAGUAUUUGAUCCAACAACAAACAGCCUUUCUGUUCAAUGGGACCAUGCCGAUGGGCCUGUGCAGCAGUAUAGAAUCAUAUAUACUCCCACUUCUGGAGACCCCAUUGAUGAAUAUACAACAGUGCCUGGAAGAAGAAACAACGUAUUGCUACAGCCUUUGCAGUCAGAUACACCUUAUAAAAUUACAGUUGUAGCAGUUUAUGAUGAUGGAGAUGGUGGACAAGUGACAGGAAAUGGAAAAACAGUUGGACUGCUUUCUCCUCAGAAUAUACGUAUUUCUGAUGAAUGGUAUACUCGAUUCAGAGUGGCCUGGGAUCCUGUCCCAUCUCCUGUUCUAGGAUACAAAAUUGUGUAUAAACCUGUAGGUUCGGAUGAGCCCAUGGAGGUAUUCGUUGGAGAGAUGACUUCAUAUACUUUACACAACUUAUUGCCUAGUACUCCUUACGAUGUGCAAGUAUAUGCUCAGUAUGAGUCUGGAAUUAGCGAACCCUUGGUUGAUCAAGGCACUACAUUGUACUUGAAUGUUACAGACGUAACAAGUUAUAACGUGGGAUGGGACACUUUCUGUAUCAAAUGGGCAGCUCAUCGGUCAGCCACUUCUUACAGACUGAAGCUAAAUCCAGCUGAUGGAUCUAGAGGUCAAGAAAUAACAGUGCGUGGAUCAGAAACCAGUCACUGUUUCACUGGGCUUUCACCUGAUACUGAGUAUAAUGCUACUGUCUUUGUACAGACUCCAAAUCUUGAAGGACCUCCAGUGUCUACAAAAGAACACACAUUAAUCAAGCCAACUGAACCUCCAACUGAACCCCCUACGCCACCUCCACCUCCAACAAUCCCACCUGCACGUGAUGUAUGUAAGGGUGCCAAAGCUGAUAUAGUCUUCUUGACUGAUGCUUCCUGGAGUAUUGGAGAUGAAAAUUUCAACAAAGUAGUGAAAUUUGUUUUCAACACGAUUGGUGCAUUUGACCUAAUAAAUCCUGCUGGAAUUCAGGUUUCCUUUGUGCAAUACAGUGAUGAUCCAAAAUCUGAGUUCAAUCUGAACACAUAUGGCGAUAAGGCACAGGCCCUGGGAGCACUUCAGUAUAUUCAGUACAGAGGAGGGAACACACGAACAGGAAAGGCACUUGCAUUUAUCAAAGACAAGGUACUUACAUGGGACAGAGGCAUGAGGAAAGGAGUUCCCAAGGUCCUUGUUGUCGUAACAGAUGGUCGGUCACAAGAUGAAGUGAUGAAAGCUGCAGCUAUCAUACAGCAGUCUGGUUUCAGUGUAUUUGUUAUUGGUGUCGCUGAUGUUGAUUACCAUGAACUGGCCAAAAUUGCAAGCCAGCCAAGUGAACGUCAUGUCUUUAUAGUUGACGACUUUGAUGCUUUUGAAAAGAUUGAGGAUAACCUUAUUACGUUUGUUUGUGAGACAGCUACCUCAACUUGUCCUCUCAUGUACUUGGAUGGAUACACUUCUCCUGGCUUCAGGAUGCUGGAAGCUUACAAUUUAACAGAGAAACAUUUUGCUUCAGUACCUGGAGUUUCCUUGCAGUCAGGAUCUUUCCCGAGCCAUGUGGCAUACAGGCUUCAUAAAAAUGCUUUUGUUAGCCAGCCCACUGUGGAAAUUCAUCCAGAUGGAUUACCAAAGGCUUACACUAUCAUAUUUUUAUUCCGUCUUCUCUCGGAAACCUCUACUGAACCAUUUGCAAUUUGGCAGAUAACAGACAGAGAUUACAAACCACAAGUUGGAGUUGUUCUUGACCCUUCCAGCAAAGUGUUAUCAUUCUUUAACAAGGACACAAGAGGAGAAAUUCAGACAGUAGCAUUUGAAGGUGAUGAAAUAAAGAAACUCUUUUAUGGAAGUUUCCACAAGGUUCAUCUUGUUAUAACAUCCACAAGUGCUAAGAUUUAUGUUGACUGUGUUGAAAUUAUGGAAAAGCCUAUUAAGGAAGGUGGAAAUAUCACAACUGAUGGCUAUGAAAUCCUUGGUAAACUACAGAAAGGUGAUAGAAAAACAGCAUCAUUUGAUAUACAGAGCUUUGACAUUGUGUGCAAUGCAGUUUGGACCAGCAGAGACAGAUGCUGUGACAUUCCUUCUAAGAGGGAUGAAGCAAAAUGCCCAUCGUUGCCAAAUGCUUGUACAUGCGUACAAGACAGUGUGGGGGCUCCAGGACCUCCAGGACCUGCUGGAGCUCGAGGUGCCAGCGGUGUAAGAGGUGAAAGAGGCUUAAAUGGACCUCCUGGGCCACCAGGUGCUCGAGGAGAUUCAGGCCUUCCAGGCCCUCAAGGACCACCGGGACCACAGGGGCCAAGUGGGCUUUCCAUUACAGGAGAGCCUGGACGUCAAGGGCCAAAAGGUGACGCUGGAGAACCUGGACUACCAGGGCGAUCAGGAUCCCCAGGCCUAAGCGGCCCUCCUGGCCCAAUGGGGCCACCAGGUGACAGAGGUUUUACUGGAAAAGACGGAGUGACAGGACCAAGAGGUCCCCCGGGACCAGCGGGUGCCCCAGGAGUGCCUGGAGUUGCUGGUCCAGCUGGGAAACCAGGUGAUCGUGGUGUACCGGGUCCAGCUGGAUUGAAAGGUGAAAAAGGUGACCGGGGAGACGUUGCUUCCCAGAAUCUGAUGCGAGCUGUGGCGAGACAAGUCUGUGAACAAAUGAUUAACAGCCAAAUGACCCGAUUUAACCAGAUGCUGAAUCAGAUUCCAAAUGACUACCAUUCAAAUCGAAACCAGCCUGGACCUCCAGGGCCACCAGGACCCCCUGGACCUCCUGGGUCAUCAGGAGAGCCUGGAACUGGAGGCAGGCCUGGAUUUCCAGGCACACCUGGCAUGCAAGGAUCCCCUGGAGAGAGAGGGCUGCCUGGAGAGAAAGGUGAAAGAGGAAUUGGAUUACAAGGACCACGAGGUUUGCCAGGGCCACCAGGUCCACAAGGAGAAUCCAGAAUUGGCCCACCAGGUUCUACAGGCUCCCGAGGUCCACCUGGGCCACCUGGCCGACCUGGUAAUGGUGGUAUCAGAGGUCCUCCUGGCCCCCCUGGAUACUGUGAUUCAUCCCUGUGUGCUAGCAUUGCUUACAACGGUCAAGGAUAUCCAGGUUGACCAUUCGUCUAAAGUAAAAAGAACACAGUUUGCCAUUUCUGCAUCCGUCUUUCUGAUUCGUGAUGGGAUUAUCUAUACAAAAUUAGUACCUGAAAUCUAAUUUUCUAUUUCAAAUGUCAUUUUGUGAUACAGUGCAGACAACUAGGCAAGGGAGGGCAUGGGAAGUCACAAUUUGCACUGUACCAAAUUCAAUGGAAUCUAUGAUUAUAUUGGUAUAUGAUACAAAUUUCUUCUGAGAAGAGUCAAUCUGAGACAAUGAAUGGUCAAAGGAAUAAAAAUGCUGGAUAUUUGUGGCCACUGGAUACCAAAUUACUAAAAACUGGGAAGAGUCAUAACCAGUGACUAUGCCAUAUAUUUAAAAUAUCUUCAAGAAAAGAUUCCAGGCCCUUAAUAUUGAUCACGAAUUUGUUGUGUGCACUGUAGCACCUUAUACUCCAUAAACAUGAUAUUGCUGUUCGUUAUGUUGUUUGCAUGUAUACGUGAAUAUAUAUCUAUAUAUCUAUAUAUAUAUAUAUAUGUACACACACAUUCAUAGUAUUGAUGGGUAGAGCAAAUUCAGCAGAAUAAGCCAUUAUGCAAAAUUUGCACAAUAUCAACAAUUGAAUGAAAAAAUAAAUGGAAAAUAAUAUUGCAGUGCUACCCUUUCAGAAAACAUUUAUAUGGCAUAUAUAUAUAUAUAUAUAUAUAUAUGUAUAUGUAUAUGUAUAGAUAUACAUACAAUUUAACUCUCAUGGAUGUAGAUGGAUGUAGAUGGAUGAAAAACAGUUUUGCACAGCUGUUCAACCCUGAAAACUAACAUCAUCUUUGACCUGUUUCAGGUUCCGGCUAACACAUUUUCUAUGCCACCAGUGCUGCUUACAGUUUGAAUACAAUGAAAAUCCUGUUUCUGAGAUGUUUGUGCACGUGCUUAUUUGGACGUGAAUCUGUAUGGAUAUUUCGCUAUAGAUAACAGUUACAUGAAUAGUGUUGGCCUCAUAAGAUGGGAAGAUUCUCUUUUUUAAAGAACGUACUUACUAACAAGCAUUUUUGAUUGCAGUAAAGGGCAAUGUGUUGCAUUUGAUAAAGCAAAGGAAGUAAAGUCAACCUCCCUGUUAUUACUUUCCUCUCCAAUUAUAUCAAAACCAAGUUACUACAAUGGCAGUGGAGGCUUAUAAACAUAUUAAUGGACAUAACACCAUAAUACAUUUACUUUGGUGAAACAGAAAAUGACACUGUAAAUAAUGAACUAAUUGUGGCUUGUAAAUGAUUUGUAUGGAAUCAUGUCCACUAAACUUAGUUAACAACAUUACAUCAUGCUUUUGCAUUCAAACUUCCUGCUGCUUUUUAAUUUGUGCUGGCAUAAUCUCUUUGAAACUCUCAAAAUCUUUUUCUCUCUGCUUGUUAUUCUUGUCUCCAUCUUACCUGAUUCAGGACUUGAGGCUUUUUUGUAUAUGUAAUCUUCUUACAAAUGCUCAAAAUAUAAUUAAUGUUGCUUCUGAUUUUCCUGAAAUCUUUGGUAUUCCUCCAGCACUAGCUCUGGUUCAAUCGGAUAUAAGGAACAUUGUCAAAAAAUAGUAGUUAUUGAAUAUUGUUAGUGGUGAUAACUUGGUGUAGAUUUCUGCCACACCCUUAGAGGACUAUUUUGAACAAAAUAAUGCUGCAUGCGUAAGGUUUUCCUUCUUGACAAAACAUUUAUUUUGAUCAUUAGCUUUCAGUUAAGUAGAAUUGCUAAAGAUCAUUUAAGUAUACAUUAAGGCCCUGAUCCUACUAAAAUUAAUUGUGUCCCAAUGAAACAAAUGGAAUAAGUUACAACUAAUUGUGACUAACAUAAAUCUUAACUGUUUUCAGUGGAAGUUAGUCAAGUUUUGACUUUAGCAAUUUUGUAAUUUAAAUACUUAUUUUAAAAAUACCCUGAACCUCAAGAUUAUUUCAUUUUUAGCAUUCAUUAAAUUGUCUCUUACACCAAUAUUCUUUUUGUUGUAGAUUUUUUUCCUCCCCCAAGGGGACUGAAAUUAGUUUUUAAUUAUUAUUAUGUGUACAUUGUGCAAAAUUAAUGUUAGAGACUAAACUACAAACUAGGCUUGCUUGUUUGCUUGGCAUUAAGUCCCUUUGCACCCUAAGAGACUUAGUUCUGAACAAACACACACAGAACUUCAGUUUUUGAUUUUUUUAGAUGCUGAUGUUAGUAUUUUUGUUUAAAUUUUGUUUAUGUUAAUUUGUCAUGGGGAAGAUUUUUGAGAGGGAGCGGUGCUUUCCCCUGGCCAUAUGUCUUCGCCGGACACACAUAUGAAGCUGCAGCAUUUAUGUCAAAGGCAAGGGCAACGUCA